UAUUGCAGUCAACAUGAAGGCGUUCGUCUUUCUGGCGCUUCUCGGCAGCGCUUACGCGGCGCAAGAUUUCGCGUUGCAAUGCAUGGCGAAGUCGGAAAGAGGAAGCUGCAACCUCGAUCUGCCGAGAUGGUGGUACCACUCAGACGCUCAGAGAUGCAAACUGUUCUUCUACAGCGGCUGCGGCGGCAACGCGAACCUGUAUAAGACGAAGGAACAGUGCGAGAAGACAUGCACGAAUCUAAAGGCAAUCGGGAUCGCCCAGCAGAACAGCGAAGUGGUGGAUGAAUUGCCUGCAGGGAUACUGCACGAAGUGUGCCUUCGUCCGCCGCACCGUGGACCAUGUCUGGGAAGCUUGGAGAGAUUCUACUACGACAACGAUAAUGGAACAUGCAAACCUUUUGUGUACGGAGGCUGCGGCAGCAACGGGAACAACUUUGAGACAAAAUUCGAUUGCAUGAAAACUUGCAACGAGCGUCUCUCACCCUAGAGAGUGCCACAUAUUUUCCCACAGAAGUGGAGAACUUAAUUUUUAUGUCUUGAAAUAAAUUUGGAUUCAAAGGGUAAUUUCGUCAUGUCGGUACGUUAAACUUGUACAA